AUCCCGUGUACACCGUCCACUGUGCUCGUCUGCCGGCAGUCCUCACUCCCACGUCUGUGUCCGCGAGGCUUGAGAACGGCGUACCGAGGUUGCCACAAAUGGGCUCACGUGCUUGAUCGAUUGCAUACAGCGCGUAGAGACAUGCGCUCUCCGCCCGGCUGCAGGUUGCCCUCCACCAUCCACGAAUUCUUCUAGUCAGACGAAAUGCACGCGAUACAACAACAAUACUGGGCAGUGCGAGACUACCUUAGCCCCGUCCUCAAGGAGAGCAAAUUCAAGGAGCAUGGCCGGAUAAAUCCAGAGGAGUUCGUUGCCGCCGGCGACUUCCUGACAUACAAGUUCCCCGUGUGGUCAUGGGAGAAGGGCGACGCGUCGAAGGCACGCGACUACCUCCCCGCCGAUAAGCAGUACCUCCUCACGCGCGGCGUGCCUUGCCUGCGGCGCGCCACCGCGCUCGCGUACACGGACGCAGACGAGGACGCGGAGCGGCUCCUCUCCUUCGGCGACCUCAGCGCGACGGGCAACGAGGCGGACGAGUGGGUCGAGACGCACGCGGGCAGGGUGUCCACGGUCGACUCCGCCGCGAACGCGGGCAACAUCGACGAGAUCCCCGACGUGGACGAGCCCUCCGCGGACGACGUCGCGGACCAGGUCGGCAGGAUGUCUCUCCAGGGCGGCGCGGGCGCGGUGGGCGAGAUCCCGGAUAUGGACGAAAUCCCUGAUAUGGAGGAGGAGGAUCUCGAGGCGGGGGAUGAUGAGGCGACGGCUGCGCCGAAGGUUGCUGUGCCAUCAUCAGGUGUCAUCGAGGCCGGCGAGGUCGAGGUGGCGAAGGGCAACCUGCUGCAAGUGCGGACUUACGACGUCAUGAUCACAUACGACAAAUACUACCAGACACCCCGUAUCUGGCUAAUCGGUUACGACGAGAACCGGACACCCCUCACACCAUCGCAGAUCUUCCAAGAUGUCUCCGCCGAUCACGCUUUCAAGACCGUGACCAUCGAGGCCUUCCCGCACAGCGCAUCGCUCCAAGCAGCCUCCGUGCACCCAUGCAAGCACGCGAGCGUGAUGAAGAAGGUCAUCGAGCGCAUGAACCAGGGCGUGCUCGAGGAGCAGCGCAAGGCGUUCGGCGCGGGCGCGGUCUCGCCGACCACGGGCAAGGACAAGCAGAAGAAGUGGCUCUUCCGCCGGACGAGCGGGACGGGCAAGGACGUGCCGACGUCGCCCGCGGGCGAGGAGGACAUCGAGGGCAUGCGCGUCGACUUUUACCUCGUCGUCUUCCUCAAGUUCAUCGCGUCGAUCGUGCCCACGAUCGAGGUCGACUCGACGACGGCGUUUUGAGUGCCUCCGCGCGCGUGUGUAUGCGCGUGUGCGUGGGGAUUGUUGGACGGUUAUAUAGGAAAUUUCUGAUAGACGUACUGAAGAAGAUACCUGAGCUGGAAUGACUGUCUGCGUCUCAGACUUGUGUACCGCUAUGUAUUACAACUAUGCAAUAUCCGGCCGUUUGUAUCCGGCCUCGCUGUAUUAUCCGCUGUGCAUUUGGUGGUAAUACGCGACUUCACUCGA